CUAGCCAUCUCUCUGGUUCUUUCCCAGGAUGUGUUCUUGAUAUGCUUCUCCCUGGUCAGUCCGGCCUCCUUUGAGAACGUCCGAGCUAAGUGGUACCCUGAGGUGAGACACCAUUGCCCCAACACACCCAUCAUCCUGGUGGGAACAAAGCUGGAUUUGCGAGAUGACAAGGAUACCAUUGAGAGGCUGCGAGACAAGAAGCUUUCUCCCAUCACUUACCCGCAGGGCCUGGCCAUGGCAAGAGAGAUUGGUAAGGCUGUGUAUGACAUAUG